CCACCAGGUUUUACAUAGGAGAGGAGAGAAAAAGCAGGGCUUCAGAGCUGUGGCAGCAGAAGCAGGGACACAAAUGGUCCAGACCGGAUCCACUCCUCCAGCCACUGCAGUAAAAACCUGUCCUUUUAGUCACCACUCAACACAUGUUACCAGAGAUUUGAUGCUUCAAUUUGAGUGACUGGGAUUUGGCCACAAAACUGUCUCUGAAGGAAGGAAAGCAAAGAUCUGUGCUGUCAGGAGUCCUCCUGGUCUUGGAUUCUGUGGUCCCUUGAGAUUCUGAAGAGAUGGCUGCAGCGGCAGUGGCUGGACUGAUCCCUGUGCUACACUCAGUGGCUGGUGACAAAUCCCGCUACUAUAUUGGGCGACAGCUGUGGUUUGGGUUCAUCGCUGUGUAUGGAGUGGUGGUGUACGUGGUCCGCAUGCCCUGGGUUCCCAUCCAUGAAGAUUUCUGGUGCCAUGGCAACAUUACCAAUACUUGUUUGAUUGAGUGUUUUGAAAAAAGUUUUAACAGUCCUGUAGUGGGAAUUUGGUACUUUUUUUUCUUUAUUUUCUUAGCCCUCUUCUUCCUCAUGGAAUUCUUCAUGGCUCAGAUUCGGCACAAGCAAAUCAAAGCCAAGUCAGUGGAGUCAGUGGCAGGUGAAAUGGAGGACGGCUCCAUGGUGGGAAUCCAGGAGCAUGCCCCUUCCCCGAAGAAGUCCAUCCUGAACUUCCACCAGGAGAAGAUGCUUUUGCUUUUGUAUCUCCUUUACUUCCUCCUGCAGGUUGGUGCACAGUGUGUGUUUUUAUUUUUUCUUAUGUACCAACACCUGCCCCUGGUGAGCCAAGCUAUCAUUCACUGCAGCACCAAGAGCUGUCCAGGACCCUAUUUCUGCCUGAUCAGGGGGACCAUGGAGAAGCGAAUGUCCAUCUACACCCUCAUCACCUUAUCCUUCAUGAUCAUCCUCUUCUGUUCAGGUUUCUUCAUGUACAGCAUCCACCAUUACCUGCUAAAAGGGCUUGCCAGUGCUAAGUUUUGGCUUGACUAAUGUUUGAAGUUCUUAUUGAGAGUCUUUCCUCCCUUACACUAGGAAGUUUGUAUUCCUUUAAAUAUUGUGUCUGGGGCAGGGCUUCUUCCUGCUGUUUCUUUGCUUUAGUCCUUCAUAAAAUAAACAUUUAUUGUUCUUGUGUCCUCUCUCUACA